AAGGCUAAAUAAGGAAGAUGAAAUAAUUUACGUUUCUUGUCCCUAAUAAUUUAGGUAUUAAGUCUUCUUACAGCUGUCCUGUGGAGUGUGAAACAAGACAAAAUGGAGCUGAGUGAUGCCUCGUUGAAAACCCUGUUGCGGGUCUUAGCAACUGACUGCUUCAAAUCAAUCGACUUCAGUGAAGAGAUUGUGCUUUGUACCAAGAUGAGCGUCAAUGUUGACAGUCUGACAGAAUUUGAAUAUGAUUUCACCCACAAAUUUAUUAAGUCUGAGAUGGAGGACUACACCAAGUUCCGGAAAGAAGCCCAGACACAGACAGAGGUUACGGCGAUGACUGAAGCGGAAACCCAGACUGAAACUAUUGUUACUAAGAUGGAAACUGAAUGUGAUGAAAUCAUUGAGGAGGUAAAGUCUAAAUCCGAGCCUGUGGCCGAAGUUAAGGUUGAAGUUGUGUCUGAGGACGACAACAUGGAAGAAAUAGAAGAGUUGGGCAGUGAUGAUGUGACAAAAGUGAUUCCAGAGUCUCCAGAUGAACCACGAAAGAAGCGGAAAGCAGCUGACCUACAAACCAUUUGUCCCCUAUGUCCAGCUAAGUUUGGUGCCUAUGAUGUUAAGAGCCUUGAGGAACACCUUAAGAUCAGCCAUGAUAUCGGGAAUGAGUACAGCUGUCCGAUGUGUCCAGAAAUGUGUAAUUCUAAGGUCGCUCUUGCCGACCAUGUGACUAAUGUUCAUUGUAAACAGGAGCCACAGGCCAGUAUAAAGAAAGGGAGAAUAAGGAAGAAAGUGCCUAAGAAGAUAGUCGAGGGAGGGAGUGACACAGAUGAAGGCUAUAUGAAAAAAGAAGAGCUUAAGAUCAAGAUUAAUUCUAAGGGUAAGAAAGUUAUUAAGGCCACCAAGAAAAAGAAGCGUAAGAAGGUUAAGAAAGACCCUGAUUGGGACGGUGAAGGUGAAAAACCAGACGAAGACAAGCCCAAAGUCGAGAUGGCUGAUCCUGACUUUAAUCCUGAACCUAAUUCCGACAUCCAGGUGCGGUGUAAAGAAUGUGGGAAAGAGUAUAGAUCGCGACGAGCGCUGAGGAGACAUUUCAAUGUUAGUCACACAACCAUGGCCCAUGUCUGUGAAAUCUGUGGACAUAGCUUCAGAGGCAAGGAGUCCUUGUACCACCACAAGAGGGGAAUCCAUGAAAAUGCCAAGGUCUAUAAGUGCCCUGAGGCAGAUUGUGGUGCAGAGUUUAACUUCAGCCACAGUCUGCGUCUUCAUCGACUGAAGCACUCCGGAGCUCGACCCCACAUGUGUAAUGUGUGUGGAAAGACUUACCUCACAAAUUAUCACCUUAAAGUGCACAUGACUGCAACCCAUUCAGAAAAGAAAAACUUCUCGUGUAAAAUCUGCAGUAAAUCCUUCUCUUAUUCUACUAGCCUUAAAAUGCAUGAAGCUACUCACAGAACACAAGAGCGAGUCAAGUGCGAUCAAUGUGACAAAACCUUUGUGAAUAACCAGGCCCUGAAGUAUCACUUCAUGUCCAAGCAUGCAACCCCAGGCAUUUUCCCAUGCCCUGAGUGUGAUAAAGUCUGCAAGAGUGAGCUACUCCUUAAGACCCACAUGCGACGCCAUUCUGUGGAUAACACCCGCUUCAUGUGUGAUGUCUGCGGGCGUCAGUUCAUGUACAAGUCUGCUCUAGAAAUGCAUCGUGCCAUUCACAAGGAUGAUAAGUCUUUUGUCUGCAAGACUUGCGGUAAAGCCUUCAAGACCUAUCCAACCCUAUACAGCCACCAGUAUGUUCAUAAAGUUGAUUCCCCGUACACAUGUUCUAUUUGUGGCAAAACUUUCAAGACAAAAGAGAGACUGAAAGCCCAUGAGAAGCGUCACUCGGGUCUUAAGCCAUUUGAAUGUAAUCUAUGUCAUCACUGUUUCCCGGACAAAGGUGGGCUUUCUAAGCACAUGAAGACAGUCCAUUGUAAUGUGAAAAAGUUUGUAUGUGACAUUUGUGGUAAGGCCACUUCCAGGGCUGAUAAUCUUCGUGUCCACAUGAAGGUGCAUAUGAAGGGUACUGAUUAUACGCCUAAAAAGCCUAGAGAAGCUAAAGAAAAUUCUGAAAACCGGAACAUGCCUUCCAUGAUUAUGCCCACAUACGAGGAUAAGGAGAGAAUGUUUGAUGAUGAAGGGUCUAACUCAUCGUUUGUAUCUCGUGACUAUGAGCCGAACAUGCCUCACUUUUCCACCAUUGAUGGUUCCCACAUUGCCACCACCACUGGAGACCAGAACAUGCCACUGAACCUACACCAGCAGGCGAGCACAAGUUCCCAAUCCUCCAAUAUUGGCUCCCAGCCCAGCUACAUGGGGAACCACCCGAACCAGGCAGCCACCCCACCCCCUGCCUCCAUGCCGCCACCACCCUCCAACAAUUUCAUGCGGGUAGCGGGUCUGAACCUAUACUCCUGGCCCUACCUGUACAAUCCUGGCGUACAUCCCGGCCAACAGCCGCCACCUCUCCAGCAACACCCGGCACAACAACAACAGCAGCAGCAACAGGGUACCACUGGUGGUGCUAACGGCUGGAUGGCCCCAGAAAACACAUAAAAGUACUGAUAGAAAUUCUUCUACCCAUUUCACUGCCCACAUACAGACCUUUGGGCUCAACUGCAAGAUUGUGUGGUGUGGGCUGUCACCUUGAUCAAUGAAGUGCCUCUCUAUUGUUGUUUUUCUGAACAUUUAUAUUGUGAAUGUGCAAUGUAGACAAUUGGAAACUUUUGUUCCUUUAUUUGAGGGAUUGCAGGGUUUAAAAUUAGGCCAAGCAAAAAUAAUGCUGUGGUUCCUGUUUCAGCAAGUAGCUCUGUUUGUCCUGAUAUACAGCUGCUGUAAUACAUAGUUUGCUACAAAGUUUUUGAGAAACAAUUUAAUAUCCCCCUCUGUUAUGGAAUUAUAGAGCCGAUUGUUGAGAAUUUUGUUAAAGUUAACAUCUGUUGUUAACGUCAUCGCUGUUCGUUUUUAAAUCUUUACUGCUCUGGAGGUUAAUAGGAUACACUUGUUAUCUGUGGUAUUUCUAACAAGAUUUGAGACAACUGUUUCAGCUGUACUUGUUUUAUUUAACUGUAUGAGCUGAGCAUAUCAUGAACUAUUUCAUGUUCAAAAGUUAACAUCGAUCUCAUUAAUCAUGUUGUUAACUUUAACAAAGUUCUGAACAAUCGGCCCACUCUUUAUCAUUAUGUUAAGUGGAUUUUUUAUCCAAACAUUGUUCAAUUGUAUUUUUUAGUUGUUUCAUUCAUUUUGCGGUGGUCUAUUUUAGUUGCUUGCAGGUACAUUAAUUAUACAACCAGUUUAUUGGUGAAUGUUUGUUAUUUGAAUUUGAAUGUUUUACUUAUAUUUUAUUAUAAUUGUAUUUCUUGUUUUGGAUGUUAAAAUAUACUGUUACAUUGUCCUUGAAAACAUUAAGUAUACAUGAAUCAUUGAUCAUGUUUAUAACUACAGUCAAACCUAAUAGGCUCUAACUCCCAGGGACCGGCACAAAUACCUCAAGCCUCAGAAAAUUUGAGCCAAGCAGUAUGUUUACCUUCAGUAUUUCAGUAUAAAGAUUCGGUCCUUUACAUCUAGUUUGAGCCAAUGCGGAAUUUUGAGCCAAGCGAGUUCGAGCCAAUGGUUGACUGCAGUCAAUAUAAGAAUAUUACCCAUGUUUGUCAUUUUAAGCUUGUUUGUUUUUUAAAGGUUAAGUCCUGGAAUUGGGAUAGCCUCAGUAUUGCUGUUCUCAUUGGCACUGGCAACUGUUGACUUUUGGAAUAACUCAAAAACAUUUAAAAUGAUUUAGUAUGGCCUACAACUCGUGAGUUUUUUUUUAAUCAUGCCCCUUUGCUUUAAAAAGAUAACAACAUUUACAAACAGGCAUUGACAACCCAUUGAUGCGGUCAUGAAGUUCUUCAGCUAUUUCAUUUUUUUUAAUGAAAAUGACUGUUUAAAAUCAUUUGCAUUUGAGCAAAUUUUUGUGAUUUAUAUUAUAUAUACAUUUUGCAUAAUGUUUUUUUGAACUGUGUAGUAUUGUUUUUAUUAAGGAACACUUGAUUGGUAUUAUCAUAUAGAACAUAUUUCAUGCUAUUUUUUUAUGAAGUUUGAUAAACAAAACACAGUGUUUCAUUUUGAAUAGGAAGAUUUUGAUGUGUGGGGUAUAUGUAAUGGCUUUUUUUGUAAUCAGAGCCUGGUAUGCAUGGUAUAAAUUGUACAUAAUCAUAUCAUAACAAUUGCAUUUUAGUUCAUUUGCAUUGAAAUUAAUUUAAGGUAUGUUUUCUUUUUUAUUGUUAAUUUCUUCAAAACAAAUCACAUGUCGUUUCAAGAAGUUUGGAUGGCGGAAUGGAUUAGCUGCAAUUUUCCAUUCACUGACUUUCACAUUUGAUGCCCUGGGAGUCAGAGUGGAACAUUUUUCAUGUCUUCUGUCAAAAAAGUAAUUUUAAAAUUAACUUCACUUUUUUGUUUACAUCUGUUGUUACCCGUGAUGACCCAUGUGAGAACCCCUUUGAAGUCACAUGAUUUCUCCCCCUAGGAGUUGUUUCGUAAACAGUUAGGUUUGAAAUAGUUGACCAGUUAGGUUUGAAAUAGUUUUAUCAAUAAAGAAAUUUCAUUGGAGGAUCAUGAAGUGUGUAGCAAUUAAGAUGAACUAUCUAGUGCGUCAAACAGUGCACACUACGUAAACACUUAAACUUAGGAGAAGAAAAUAACCAUGUGUGAUUUAUCUUUAAAGAAAAUACUAUCAGAUAGAACAAUAAGUGUCAAUGACAUUAUGAAUUAAAUGCAUUUAUUUAAAGCAGCACAAUAUAGGUUGAUGUUGUUUUUUUACCUGGUUUUCACAUAGUGAAACCUGGUUAUUAGAAUGACAAACAUCAUUGUUAGGGCGUCCGGGCGGACAGCGGACGGCAUCAAACUCACCUAUGAAACUGAAUAAUUUCAGUAAGGGUUGACAUAUCUUGGCCAAACUUGGUCUAUAGGAAGAGUUUAUGGAUACCUUUCAUGGGAUUGUGUUUGGGCUCCCUAGAGUCAAGGUCAAGGUCACUGUUACUAAGAAUAAAAAAAUGGUUGAAACUGAAUAACUUUAGUUAAGGUUGACAUAUCUUGUUUUUUAUUCAAUGAAUUAUGAUGUGUCACUCACUUCAUAAAAAUGAUCAAAAGAAAAAACCCAUAUGAUUAAGGAACAGAUUAAAAAAAUAAAUAAGUGAUAUUUUUGCGCUUUUUUAACUUUGGAAUUUGUGGCCACAUAGCUAUUUAUUUAAAAAAAUCGUUUAUAAACAUGAAUACUUUAUUUUUUUUCGUACCUUAAUCAUAUGCUUUUUUUUGUUUUUAUCAUUUUAGUCAAAUUAAACUUAUAUUUUUUGCAUCAGCCUAUAUUGUGCACUUUUAAAGUUCGAGUGGGUACGACACAUUGUGGAAUUGUUUUAUUUUUUAGAGAAAUAACUUAAUUGUUCUUGAAUAAUUGUUUAUUAUGUUUUUUUUAUAUCUUUGUGAAAGUACAUAUAUUUGCUUAAAAAGUUGUUUAUUUAACAUGGCUGGUCUUACAAGUAGAGGAUGGCUUGAUUGUUCAGAAUGUUGUUAAAGUUAAGAAUGUGAUUUGCGAAAUUGUUGUUAACUUUUAAAGGUGAACUAUUUUAUGGUGUGAUCAUAUGAUUAAAUAAAGUUCAGCUUAAAGCUGCACUCUCACAGAUUGAACAUUUUGACAACUUUUUUAUUUUUUGUAUUGAAACGAGCCAAUUUUUGCAAAAAUCCAUGGGCACCAGUUAUACAAGACUGCUCACAAAAAAUUAGAUCGCAGAUUUUGAUAUUUAAGUACAAAAAUAGAUGUUUUAUGCAUUUUUCUUAAACCGUUAAUAACCGUUUAAGUCAUAAAACAUUAUUUUUUGAACGGAAUAUGAAAAUCUGUGAUCUCAGUUUUUGUCAGCAAUCUUAUAUCACUGGUUUGCAAGUAUUUAUGCAAAAAUUUGCUCUUUCCAAGACAAAAAGUAAAAAAGUUGUAAAAAUGGUAUAACUGUGAGAGUGCAGCUUUAAACAGUUCUAUCAAAUGAUUGUUAGGGUUACUGCAAAUCAUAAGCUAAUCCCAGACACUUUCAGAACAAAACGGUUGAAUGUUAACAACGCUUACGUUAACAACAUUUUUAACGUUAACAAAGUUAUGAAAAAUCAGCCCAAUAUGUUUAUUAUAUUUGAGUAUAUGUUUUAUGAUGGGCUUGAUUUGUAUCUCAGUUAUUAAGCGCUAGUAGUCUAGUACCUAAGUGUGAAUUCAAGAUAUGGAAAUCUAAUGUGUAGAAUGAUGUAUUUUAUUUUUAAUGAUGCGUCAUUAUUAUUGACAGUACUGGGAAAUUCAACAUUAUUGUGGUAUUAAAUAAAUAUAUUCAAAUUU